CAUGAGUUUACAGUGUACAUGUCAGUUCUCAGGUGCCUAUAUAUGAAGGAUCAAACUUUCUCUCCUCAUUUUCUCUCUCAUUUUCUAGCUUUCCAAACGACCACCAGACAACGUGAAAGCGUAGGAGAUUUUAUAGCAUUCUCUAGAUGGCUUCACAACCGAAAGAUGUCGGAAUUCUCGCCAUGGAUAUCUAUUUUCCUCCUACAUCUGUUCAGCAGGAAGCUUUGGAGGCUCAUGAUGGUGCCAGCAAAGGAAAGUACACUAUUGGACUUGGACAGGAUUGUAUGGCAUUUUGUACUGAAGUUGAAGAUGUCAUCUCAAUGAGUUUGACAGCUGUUACUUCACUCCUUGAGAAAUACAAAAUUGAUCCAAAACAAAUUGGAAGGCUAGAAGUUGGCAGCGAAACUGUGAUUGACAAAAGCAAGUCGAUUAAAACCUUCUUGAUGCAACUUUUUGAGGAAUGCGGCAAUACUGACAUUGAGGGAGUUGACUCAACAAAUGCAUGUUAUGGAGGAACUGCAGCUUUGUUCAAUUGUGUGAACUGGGUGGAAAGUAAUUCAUGGGAUGGACGCUAUGGACUUGUUGUAUGCACAGACAGUGCGGUUUAUGCAGAAGGGCCUGCCCGGCCUACUGGGGGUGCAGCUGCAAUUACGAUGCUAAUAGGUCCUGAUGCUCCAGUUGUUUUUGAAAGCAAACUUAGGGGCAGCCAUAUGUCUCAUGUCUAUGAUUUUUACAAGCCUGACCUCGCAAGUGAAUACCCUGUUGUUGAUGGAAAGCUGUCACAAACUUGCUACCUCAUGGCACUUGAUUCUUGCUACAAACGUUUCUGUGAGAAGUUUGAGAAAUUGGAAGGCAGUUCGUUUUCAAUUUCAGAUGCUGAUUAUUUUGUGUUUCAUUCUCCAUAUAACAAGCUUGUGCAGAAAAGUUUUGCUAGGUUAUAUUUCGAUGACUUUUUGAGGAACUCCAGCAGCUUUGUUGAUGAGGUUGCAAGAGAAAAGUUAGCCCCAUAUUUAUCUUUGUCUGGUGAUGAGAGCUACCAGAGCCGGGAUCUUGAAAAGGCAACCCAGCAAGUUGCAAAACAAUUAUAUGAUGCAAAGGUUCAACCAAGCACCCUAAUUCCAAAGCAAGUUGGCAACAUGUACACAGCAUCACUUUAUGCUGCAUUUUCAUCUCUACUUCACAAUAAAAAUAGCUCAUUGGCAGGCAAGCGGGUAGUUAUGUUCUCAUAUGGGAGUGGUUUAACUGCGACAAUGUUCUCGUUCCAACUCCGAGAAGGUCAAUAUCCUUUCAGCCUAUCAAACAUUGCCACAGUGAUGGAUGUUUCUGGGAAAUUGAAAUCAAGACACGAGUUUACGCCUGAAAAUUUUAUUCAAACACUGAAGCUCAUGGAGCACCGAUAUGGGGCCAAGGACUUUGUGACAAGCAAGGACAGUAGCCUCUUGAGCCCAGGAACAUACUAUCUCACCCAAGUUGACUCCUUGUAUCGACGGUUUUAUGCCAAGAAAUCCGGCUAAAGGAGUAGCAGCUAUGGUCUUUACCAAGGGCCUUGCGAAUACAAAAAAGCCCAAUUUAUAAAUAUCUUGUUGAAAUUUGAAUAUGUAUGUGCUAUUUUCUUUUUCAGUUAUUUGCCUUUACAAUUUGUUAUUCAUUAUAGGAAAACAAAAAAAUAAAAUAAAAACUUUUAUGAUGCAUGAUUAACAUAUUUUAUCUUACAAGUUAAGAACCAAAUAAUUCUAAAGUUUGCUCUCAAGUCUCAACUACGUUAUUACUGGUUAUAAAAAUAUUAAUUUAUGCAA